AUGUCCCCAUAUCGGCUGAUCUAUAGAAAAGAAUGUCAUCUGCCCGUUAAACUUGAACAUGAAGCCUAUUGGGCUGUUAAGAGCUGCAAUCUAGAUGAAAAAGAAGCCGGAUCACACAGAAAAUUACAAAUUCAAGAGCUAGAGGAAAUACGACGUGAUGCAUAUGAAGCAUCGUGGGAUUACAAGGCCAAAACCAAAGCCUUCUAUGAUAAACAUAUCUCUAGAAAACAGUUUCAGGUUGGUGAUAAAGUUUUGCUUUUUGACUCACAAUUUAAAUUAUUUCCAGGAAAGCUACGGUCUAGGUGGAUUGGGUCAUUCUUAGUAGAACAUAUCUUUUCCCAUGGAGCUGUGGACAUACAUAGUCCAAAAAUGGGCAAGACCUUCAAGGUCAAUGGGCACCGUCUAAAGCCAUUUUAUGAAGGAUUUACCGUGCACCUUGUGGAAGAAGUUCCCUUGGACCCUCCUUCCCUAUCCUGUUGA